UGUCCCAAUUCUUUUGUCCAUAUAGUAUAUGUUGAGUAAAUUACAGGAUGUACUGUAUAAAGUGUUUGAGGACAUGGACAUUGAUAUCACAAAGUAAUUUCUUUUUCUCAGCAUGAAUCAUGACAUGACUUUGACAGAGUUUAAGUUUAUCUUCUACAUGGAGUGGGGACAUCGUAUGUGGGGUCGGCUGGUGGGAUUAGUUUACAUCAUUCCUACUGCAUAUUUCUGGAGAAGAGGAUACUUCACACGGUCAAUGAAGGCUCGUGUUUUGGGCCUGUGUGGCUUUGUCUUCUUUCAGGGUCUUCUGGGCUGGUAUAUGGUGAAGAGCGGUCUGGAGGAGAAGCAAGAGUCAUCCGACAUUCCCCGUGUCAGUCAGUACAGAUUGUCAGCUCAUCUGGGUUCCGCUCUUCUACUCUACUCUGCCAGUCUCUGGACAGGACUCACGCUCUUACUGCCUGCAAACAAGCUUCCCGAAAGCCGGCGUUUGCUUCAGCUCAGAAGGUUUGCCAAAGGCACCGGGGCACUGGUCUUCCUCACAGCUCUGUCAGGUGCGUUCGUGGCUGGACUGGAUGCAGGGUUGGUGUAUAACUCCUUUCCAAAAAUGGGUGAGCGUUGGAUCCCUGAUGAUCUUCUGGCGUUUUCCCCAACCAUUAAGAAUGUGUUUGAAAAUCCUACAACUGUACAGUUUGACCACCGUUGUCUGGGCAUCAGCACGCUGACGGCCAUCACAGGACUCUAUCUCUUCUCCAGACGAAUGUUUUUACCCAGAAGGACGAGGAUUGCCAUCGGCUGUCUCACAGCUAUGGCUUACACACAGGUGGUUCUUGGCAUCAGUACACUGCUGUUUUAUGUGCCCACCUCGUUGGCAGCCACACACCAGUCGGGAUCUGUGGCGCUGCUCACCUUUGCCAUCUUUGUUUUGGCUGAGCUGCGUAAAGUGGUCAAGUAGAUAUCAUACAAAUAUUAUGCUGUACAGUGUGGCGUCUCCUUAUUUGUUUGUUUGUAUGUAUGUAUGUAUGGGUGGGUGGAUAUAAUAGACCCAAUUGUUGCAAAUUUACAUAAUUGUAUUUUGCAGUUACAUGAAAAUAAUUAUGUUCCAGUGUCUUUUGUUCAACAUUCAUAAUAAAUCAAAAUGACAAUGGAUGUUUUAUGCUGUUUUUUGUUGUAUGAUGAUUGUAUUGUUAGUCACAUGCCACCUCAGACUAUUGAUAAAUGUGUAUUUUAUAAGAAACAGUUGAGGAUCGUUUUAUGUCAUCAUCACGAGGCAACAAACUGUGUCACAAGUUCACAGUUGAAAGAGUUCUUAACUGUUUUUGUUAUUCUUUUAAGCAAAAUGGCUUCAGAUAUUAAGUGUUGUUUUCUGAAAAAAAAGUUAAUGCGGUCAAGACCAAGCAGCUUAGGCUGGUUUAUGCUGUUAUUUAUUAUUAUUUACUUGGUCCCCAUUGACUUCUAUUGUAUGAACACAAAACCAAUGCAAAGGACAAACGGUUUUCUCUUACCAACAUUCUUCAAAAUCUCUUUUGUGUUUUGCAGAAGAAAUAAAGUCAUACAGGUUUGAAAUGGGUGAGGGGAUAGUUUUCAUAAUUGUCUCACUCUACUACUGUUACCAUCUGCAUGCAUGUAUGUAUAUGUACUGUAUAUUAGUGUGUUUGUGGGUGUGUACAGAUGAAACAGUAUAAAAAAUACAUCUUUAAAUUGAAAUGGUAAUGUAACACAGUGUAGCUAUUAUUAGGUAUUUUAGGGCAACGGUAGGCUAUACUCUAUAUACACUAUAGGUUUUUCCUGCAUAGAGAAAUUGGAGGCGGCCGUCUCCGUCAAAUGUCGUGCGGCCUCAGGCUCUCGCCAAAAUUAUGUUGUGAGUCUUCACAAGAAACGCUGCAUGCAUUUAACUGUCAUUUGUAACUGCAGUUGCGGUAUUACGCCACAGUAGACGCGCUGUUUCGUUAUCAGCACACUGAGUAUGGCGUUAUUAUAAUGACAAAUGUCGCGAGCGCAUUAUUACAAGGCGAGAGCGCAUUCUUGUCAUACGAGCGCGCGAAUCUCUCCGCUCGCACGCCGAUUUCCUUUGCUCGUGCACAAAACUGGACGCGCGCUUUCAAUUAUACGCUGCUCUCUUAUGAAUUUUCUCUCCUCUCGCUCAGUGAGCGUGUGCGCACUCAAAAUGCGUGCCGUGCGUCCACGAAUCCUUUGGUACUCUUGCUCUCGAGAGGUCCUCCUGUGUGUUCCAGGCAUUAUAGGCUGUCAAAAGUAGUCAACCAAUCAGGGAUAGGCUUCCACGUCGGGCCAAUGAAAACGCGACCUCUUAACUACAGUAGGCCUAAUUGUUAAAAAUGCUUGAUGAAAAGAGUUGUUUUUCGUGUUCUUUUCUACAAAAGUGUCAUGUUAAUGUGUAAUUCUUGUAAAAUAGUACAUUGUAAAUUGCUGAGUUUCAUUCUUAUAAAAUCUUUUAAUAUAUAAACCUUUUAAUGAGUGGAUUCUUGCGUGUGGGUAGGUGGGUGGAUGGGGGGCACCAUGAGGUCUUAAUACGCCUCUGGAUCCACCACGUUCUCAGGUAACAAUUUUAAUAUAUUUGAUGCAACAUUAUUAAUCAAAUGUAUAUUAUAAAUGAACGGUAAGGGAGCGUUUGGUAUAUUGCAUAGAAGUUCAGUUUUAUGCCCUGAACUUCUGGAACACUGAAUGCAGAACACUUACAGUGUCUGUCUGCAAACGCAUUAAAUGCAUAACCAAAUAGGUAUAGAAUAUUAUAUGAUAUUUCCAAAUGCUCCAGUGCUAUUAUUGUUUUGAUAUGUACCGUUACUUGUAGUAAAUAUUAUUUUAGAAUAAAGCUAACUUAAGACACCAAUCUAAAUUGUUCGGUAAUCAAUUUAGUACUAUUUUGACAAUAUUAUGUUUAGUGUAGGACAUGCAUGAGGACCACAUGAACUUGAGGGUGUUGGCCUGUUUUGUCUGAAUAACAUGGUAGUUAAACUGAUGUUUAUAUGUAGCCUACAAAGCAUCCUAAUGCCCCGUUCAUUUCUAAUACACAUUUGACUAAUAAUGUUGCAUCAAAUAUAUUAAUAUUGUUACCUGAGAACGUGGUGGAUCCAUCUUGCUUCGUUGAAAACGUCGAGUCACUUUCAACCAAUAAGAUGCCAUGUAAGAGGUCGCGUUUUCAUUGGCCCGCCGUGGAAGCCUAUCCCUGAUUGGUUGACUACUUUUGACAGCCUAUAAUG